UGUCAGAUGUCAUCUAGGAAUUCUACAACUUGAAAUCACAAGACUUAGGAGCUGGAAACCACUGUUGAUAUUCUGAUGGAUAGAAAGAAUAUUUUAAAAAGUGAUUUUCAGACCCUUGAAGAAAAAAGAAUGUCUUCCAAGCAGGCCACCUCUCCAUUUGCAUCUGAUGGAGAGGGAACAACAACCCAGGACUUAGCAUCACAGGAGCAGGAAGACGACAACAAUGAAGAACUUGUCACUUCCCAUCUGCCUCUGCACACCAUAUUGCACAACAAACCUCACUCUGAAGAGCUCCCAGCUCUAGUCACUACAAUCCAACCAGACUCAGACUGGAACAGUGUUAUCUCAACUCAGCAUAGGAUGGAGUCAGAAAACAAUAAGUUAUGUUCCUUAUAUUCCUUCCGAAAUACUUCUACCUCACCACAUAAGCCCGAAGAAAGUGGUCGUGAUCGCAAUGAGCUAAUGACCAGUGUUAAUUUUGGAACUCCAGAACGCCGCAAAGGAAGUCUUGCCGAUGUGGUGGACACCUUGAAACAGAAGAAACUAGAGGAGAUGACGAGAACUGAACAGGAGGAUUCAUCUUGCAUGGAAAAACUACUUUCUAAAGACUGGAAGGAGAAAAUGGAGAGAUUAAACACAAGUGAACUCCUUGGAGAAAUAAAAGGUACCCCUGAAAGCUUAGCAGAAAAAGAACGACAGCUCUCUGCCAUGAUUACCCAGCUCAUCAGUUUACGGGAGCAGCUUCUGGCUGCCCAUGACGAGCAGAAAAAGCUGGCAGCAUCACAAAUUGAAAAACAGCGGCAACAAAUGGAUCUUGCUCGCCAACAGCAAGAACAGAUUGCAAGACAACAGCAGCAACUUCUGCAGCAGCAACACAAAAUCAAUCUCCUGCAGCAGCAAAUCCAGGUUCAGGGUCAUAUUCCUCCUCUCAUGAUCCCAAUUUUUCCACACGACCAGCGGACAUUGGCAGCAGCUGCAGCAGCCCAGCAGGGAUUCCUUUUCCCCCCAGGAAUAACUUAUAAACCCGGUGAUAACUAUCCUGUGCAGUUCAUUCCAUCAACAAUGGCAGCUGCUGCUGCUUCUGGACUCAGCCCUUUACAGCUCCAGCAACUCUAUGCCGCUCAGUUGGCCAGCAUGCAAGUAUCGCCUGGUACCAAGAUGCCUUCCACGCCUCAGCCGCCAAAUACAACAGGGACGCUCUCACCAACUGGGAUGAAAAAUGAAAAGAGAGGGACCAGCCCUGUAACUCAACUUAAGGAUGAUGCUGCACAGCCACUGAAUCUCUCUGCUAGACCCAAGACAGCAGAACCUGUCAAAUCCCCGACGUCGCCAACGCAGAGCCUCUUCCCUACGUGUAAAACCAGCCCUGUGAAUGUGGGCAAUAAAAGUGGAAUCCCCAGUCCCAUUGGCGCGACUCUGGGAAGAGGAUCUUCUCUAGACAUCCUUUCCAGUCUUAACUCACCUGCCCUAUUUGGGGACCAGGACACUGUAAUGAAAGCAAUUCAGGAGGCUCGAAAGAUGAGAGAACAAAUCCAGCGGGAGCAGCAGCAGCAACAGCAACAGCAACCACAUAUUGAUGGAAAGCUUCCCACCCUGAAUAGUAUGGGCCUAAACAACUGUAGGGCUGAAAAGGAAAGAACACGCUUUGAGAAUUUAGGCCCACAGCUAUCAGGGAAACCCAGUGAAGAUGGAAAGCUAGGUCCAGGAGUUAUUGAUCUUACAAGGCCAGAAGAUGCAGAGGGAAGUAAAGCAAUGAAUGGCUCUGCAGCUAAACUACAGCAGUAUUAUUGUUGGCCAACAGGAGGUGCUACUGUGGCUGAAGCUCGAGUCUACAGAGAUGCCCGGGGACGAAGUAGCAGUGAGCCGCACAUCAAACGACCAAUGAAUGCUUUCAUGGUUUGGGCAAAGGAUGAACGCAGGAAAAUUCUUCAAGCUUUUCCUGACAUGCACAACUCCAACAUCAGCAAAAUUCUUGGUUCCCGCUGGAAAUCCAUGUCAAACCAAGAGAAACAACCUUAUUAUGAAGAGCAAGCACGAUUAAGUAAAAUCCACCUAGAAAAAUACCCUAAUUACAAAUAUAAACCCAGACCAAAACGCACUUGCAUUGUUGAUGGCAAAAAACUGCGCAUUGGAGAAUAUAAACAACUAAUGAGGUCUCGACGACAGGAGAUGAGGCAAUUUUUUACCGUAGGGCAACAGCCUCAGAUUCCAAUUGCCACAGGAACAGGAGUGGUCUAUCCUGGUGCUAUUACUAUGGCAACAACUACGCCAUCGCCUCAGAUGACAUCUGAUUGCUCCAGCACUUCUGCUAGUCCUGAGCCCAGCAUCCCUGUCAUUCAGAGCACUUACAGCAUGAAGACGGACAGUGGGAGCCUGGCUGGAAAUGAAAUGAUAAAUGGGGAAGAUGAAAUGGAAAUGUACGAGGACUUUGAGGAGGACCCCAAAUCAGACUAUAGUAGUGAAAACGAAGCCCACGAGGCUGUCGCUGCCAACUGAGGAUGUUUGCUGAAUUACUCUGACUUUGUUUUGUUUUCUUUUCUUUUGAACAAAAAGUUCUUAAAAUGAGCCUGCAUGCAUGUAUGGCUCCUACAGUUACAUCUGCAGAAUGGUCUUAAAUGUUUCUUAUCGUGUGACACAGAUUGUUCCCUAAUUUUCAUGAACUUUUUUAAACAAUUUAGGUGAAGACAUUAAGUAUCAGACAUUGGGACUUGAAAACUGAUAUGAAUCAAUUGUUCUCUUACAAGUCUUAUCUCUCUUUCUCUCUCUCUCUCUCUCUCUCUUUUUUUGGUCUAUUCUUUCCCCUUCCUGGAUGCUGAUAAAAAGGUUUAAGUUACUGUUUUAAUGGGGGUUUUACAUUCUCACUCAGGUAUGCUGUGCCAGCCUACAGAUUGUGAAUGUGUUUUUAUUCUGAAUUAUUUUGAAAAACAAAACAAAAAACCUACAAAUUUCCUAUCAUGAAACAGGAGAAGUCCUAAGCAUGUACAUCUAUCUGUAUUAGCUCAUCCUUUUUAAAAUAAGGUCUCUAAAUUCCUUUUUAUUUCCUGAGAUAUAGCUGACCUUCUGAUGUGCCAAACUUUCCUAACUUCUGAAUCUUAAUAUUUAAAAAAAAGUCUUAAGGGAGACACUGUAAAGUCUUAGACAAUCCUUUGGCAUUUUAAAAAUACUGAUAUAUCUUAAAAGAAAAUCCUACUUUUUCCAGAAAAUUGUAAACUACUCAGGAAUCUGGAGACAGGAUAUUGCUUAAAAAGUGAAUAUGAUUGCUACAAUGCACUUGUUCCAUUGCUUCUGCCUCUUGAUGUACCAUCAGUGUGAAACUUGAGUAAGCACAACAGAGUGAUCACCAGCUAAGACAGGCCUGUCUUAGCAACAUAAGUCCACCUUCAAGUCAUUCUCUGUCCCUUUGCUUUGAAUUCUUAUAUUCAGUCUUAAUUACAUUUGGUCUUAAUGUAUUCAUUCCAGAAUGUCAGGGGGCCAUGUAGUAAAAAAAUAUUUUCAAAUGUACUGUUGUAACGGCAUUAUCAUUUGUUUGCCUUUUAUUUCUUUUAAAGAGCCCUUCCCCCUUAAAGUGUGUGGUAUCUUAAAAAUAAUGAGGCACUUAAUAUUGGAAAGGAAUAACUCUCUAUUUCUCUCUCUCUGUCUCUCUCUCUCUCUCACACACACACACACAUGAGGAAAUGUGUUUCUACAUGUCAGAAACACUUGGAAAAAUGCUAUUAUUAGUAGAACAGUAUCAUAUACAGGAGAGCAUACAAUAUCUACCUACUCUGCUGUUUCUUUUUAGGAUAAUUUGUGAGGCUUCCCUACUGUACUUCUGUUUUCUAAUCUUGAGUUAUUGUAUGUUGUCAGACAACACUUCAUAUAUUCCCCACCUAGUAUGCCCAGUGCUAGGCAUAAUGAAAGUUGUAGCCUAACACAGUAUCUGGUGCAAGGCUUAAAACUAUUUCUGUUAAGUUUAUGUAUUAGAUUAUCUUAACCUUUGUCUAGUACAUAGCCUAGAAAUCCAACAUAGUCUUUCUCUUCUCAGAGAGUAAAGUGCUGCCGCUAUUUAGAAAUCUUCCUGUUAUAAUAAUCAUCCUUCGAUGAUAUUAUAGAAAUUUUAAAUCUUGCAGAUAAUCUGUGUUGAAUAUUAAUUCUAAAGAACCGAAAAGGAUGCAAAGAUCAUCCUUCUACUUAUAAUUUCACUUUACUCAUUUAGAUGUAUAUGCUCAGCAGUAUUUGAAAAUUUUCAAAACUUUGUUAUCUGCCAUAUAAGAAAAACAAAAUGAAAGAACGUAAAGCUAUACCCCAAGGUCAGUAUUUGUGAAUUAUGCCGGGUCCUUUAGAUCAAAACUGCUGUAGAAAUUUAAAUUCUUAUUUAUUUCAGUGCUAAUAUAUAGUUUUAUUAUACAUUAUAUUGAUUUCUAAGGAGCCAAGGGCAAGGUAAAAUAAAGCAUUCCCAAAUUAAACAUCCAGCCAUUUGUGGAUGUCAGUAUUUAACACUGAAAUUUGAAAUUGAUCCAUUUAAUGUAUUUCAAAGUACAAAACCUGGUUAGUGACUUAUAAACUCUUUAAGAGUUUUCACCAACUCCUAAGGUAGAAGGCAUGAAUAUUCUUUGAUUUGAAGAGAAAAUAAUACAAAUGCUUUCUUCUUUAUAUCUGACUAUCAAUAGUUACAACUAUUUCUAACUGCUAUGUAUACCAGAAAGAUUGCAGUUUUAUAUGCCUUCUAAGUAGAACCAGUUUCACACAGACAUUUUAUGGUAUGGCGGGUAAAUUUUUCCAUGCCAUUCAGAUUGUCAGUGUGAAUGUUUAAUGGUGAUUAAGAAAAUAUAUCAGGUAUUAAUCCAAAUGGAGCAGCUGCCUCUCCAUUGCCUUUCCAUGUAGUACGUUUCAUCCAAACCAUUUAAUUAUAUGAGGGUGAAUUGUGUCAAGAGGGCUGCCUUCUACAGACAUGCCAUUCUUAAGACUGGAGGAAUAUUCUUAUUAGCUUGCUCAGGGGAUAAGAGUGCCAGGUUUUUCAAUAGCAUUUUAGCACUUUGUAGGAUGGCAAAGAUGAUAAACCACCAAGUAAUAAAUUUAUGAAAUAUGACCUAGGUUCUUCUACACUUAAACGAUUGCAAUCAUAUCUUUGUGCCUAGAGCUUCCAUUACCCAGAAUGGCAGAUGAGGCUCCCUCUGUUUCUGUUUGCAAUGGGAAGUUUACAUAGAGACUUGGUCUUUUGAUUGAGACCACUGUAUCUUUUUGCCUAGUUCUUUUCAGAGGGUUUUAGACUGGUGUUUUCAUUAGCAACAUUAACAGAGUUCGAGCCAGAUUAUUGUCAUGCUAUCACAAAUCUUGUAGUUUUAGCAGAAAAAGAAAAAAUACGACCUAUAAGUUUCCAGUAAUUAUUUCUAGAAGUGAAGGCAGUUCUGCAACUUUACAAUAGGAGAGUUUAAUCCAUGCAGCAAGCCAACUGACCAUUUGUGUGUGUGCACGUGUGUGGGUAUAUGUGUGGUUGCAUACACGCACAGUCAUUUGGCAGCCAUUCUACAGUCUACAAUAGAAUCAUUUAUCUUUUCUAUUUAUUUGAAUGAAUGCUUCUCUCAUAUCCCACAGUUAUGACAGUGAAACUGGUCUAGCCAAGAUGUAAAGGCACUUGUUAUCAUUAGCUGGUGAGAGAAUCCUCUUUAUCUAGUUAAAGUACUGAAAUAAAAUCCUUUGUUGUCUCUGAGAUUGCUUAGGAAUUUGAACUGAUCUAAUAGAUGUAGCAUGGAUGGGAGAUAACCCAUUAUUUCCUAAAGAAUGACUAUUUAUUAAUUUCCUACAAGUUUCUCCUGUUAUAAAUCUCUCUCCAUUCUACAUGUCUGGGGUUGUGUUUUUUUUUCUUCCAUAGCUAGAAUGCUGUAUUGCUAGCAUUGUAUGUUUUGUAAUUAUUUUUGCACAAGGGCAAACAUUUAGUUUCCUGAGUUAUUUUCUUUUUAUAAUUCUAUGACCAUGCCAAAAUAAUAUUCUGCAGGCUGGCAGAGAACAAAGGACUGUUCUUUAGGACUGAAACUUGAUUUUACUCAUACGACAAAAACACACACUCACAGAUGUUGUUUCGUAAGUGUAAUAAGCACUGGAUAUAAAUGGUAUUUUUUAUCACUUCUAACUAAUGUGAAACUGUUGUACAAAAAAAAAAAACCGACAUGAACAAAAGUCAUCUGUUUAGACUCGUGUGGGCCUGCCUCACAGUUGCCGGAUUUGAGUCAUUUUUUUUAUGUCUUGUUAUUUCAUUUAUUUAUGCAAGAUUCUUAUAUGUAUGAAUACUUUGUUUGAGCUCCAGUCCUCCAUCUGUGUUGAUGAUUUGUAACUUAAAUCUGUGUUCUUGACGUUGAUUGGCUCUUCACGAAUUAGCAGGUGGUAGAGUAUGACUUAUUGGACAGGUUUUGAAUUUAAAAUCUGUAGAAUCAGUUUAUGAUAUUUAUUAGCCUAUACUGGCUCUAAAGUAUCAAUAGAAAUUAAGGAAGGACAAUCGUUGGGAACCAAAAAUAUUUUUUUUCUUUUUUAAAAUUCAUCAUUGGAGCUCAAAACAAGGUUCUUUAGUAGUCACCAUCUCAUUUAAGAUUUUUUAAAAAAUUGUAAAUAUAACAUAGGAGAUAGAAUUUUAUUUUUUGUUCAUGGAUACUUAGCUAUAUAUAAGUUAUGUAUUUACUUUUGUUCUGUAUCAGUGUACAUUGGUCCAUAUUAAAUGCUGACAAAUCACUGUACCUCAUGUAGAUUUUAUGCCUGCAGUGUGGCAGCAGUAUUGUGGACCUAUAGCUAAACUGGCGAGUUGGCUCCCUUGCGCCCCCUUCAAUCUGAAUCCCAUAUAAUAAACACAAAAUACUUCAAACAUUGCAACCUGCUUAUAAAAUAACAACCUUAUAUUUACUCUGUAGUAGUGGCAUUAUAGUUUGGGAGAACAGUAAAACAUUUGUUCAAGAAUUAUAACAUAGCCAGUUGAUUCUUAGUAUUUCUUCAUUAGCAAAUAAGUGCAUAGGACAUGAAGUACAAAUUACACCUUUUGGGCAUUCUAGCAGUCUGUGAUUCUAGUUCAGGUGACAAAAGUGAUGAUUUCUUACAUCCUUAUUUAGCUCUAGAGAACAAGGCAAACUUAGGUCUCAUUUAUUUCAAUUAAACUGAAGUAUCUUGAUCAGCUAUAUGUUCUCACAAUUCUUUGACAUCUUUGUCAAGAUAGUCUGAAUAGGAACUGAUCGGAUUAAGUAUUGAACUCCCCCUCAGGUCUAUCCUCCAAUUUAAUUGAGGCUAUAUUUAAACGAACUUUAAAAACGGAUUGUAAAAGAGACAGUUUUCUUGUAAUUUGCUUCAAGCAAACCUGAUGGACGUUCUUGGUUCUUUUUUUGAAAGCAACCAAUGUGACUUAGAAAAGUUGUCAAUAGGAAGGCAAAUAAAUAAGAAAACAAAUAAAUAAUCAAGUGUGUUUGAGGAGUUAGCCAUUAAUCCAGCCUUUUAAAAUAAGUAGUACCAGUUGUUAAUAUAACAUAGAUUUUUUUUAAAAAAAAUCUGUGUUUGGUGUGAAACAGUAUUGGCUUGUCAAAAUAGAACUGUAGCAUUUAUAAUUCUUCAUUAAAAUAUAAAAGGGCAGUAAUAAUUUUAUAUUGUCUCAAGAUAAUGCUUAUUUAAAAUGAAUGUGAUGCCAUGCACUUAGAUUCUUAGAGUAACUGUACUUUGCAAACACAAAAUUUAAUAUUUAACUUUCAACAAAAUAACUUCUGACAUCUUUAGUUGACAAUUGAAGAGUGUUGUUUAGAAGAUAUAAUAAAAGCAUUCAACUUAACAUGAAUUUAAAGAACUGAAACACAUUAUCACAGGGUUUAUAAAAGGACAGAAAGCAUCUGCAAUGUCUAUUUCUUAGAAUACACAGUAUGAGAUGCAGACUUAUAUGAAGGCAUUUAGUCCACCAUCCAAACAAUGUAGGUAGCAGAUUUCUGGAGAAAACUUUAGGCAAUGCUGUUGGCAUUUUUAAAAACUGAAAGUUUAGGCUUGGGAGUUGAAACAUGUACAUUAUGGCUCUGCAUGCUUUAACACUAAGGAAUUGUUUGCACUCCUGUAAGCCUGGCCUUCUCUGUUCAUGAAAGCAGCUCUUCGUUGUUGUUAAUACUUCCAUUUCACCCUGAAAAAAAAAAGAUGCUGCUACUUUAAACAGACCAUGUAUUAAAGUUAAUGCAACUCAUACAGCAGUGGAUUUUUUUUUUCAGGCUUA